AUGCGGGCGUGGUGGCCGAGGCGGAGGAAGGGGAUCGCCACCGUGCAAGCACGCCCGGCAUGCGUGGAGGCGGACAGCUCUAGCCGUCCCGUCGUCGAGACGUGGCGCUCGAAGCAGACACGUGAACACGACACGCUCUCCCACAACAACGGCCGACGCGAGUGGGGUCGCUUCCUCGAUCUCGGCGACGCUCUUUGGCCAUCCAUCAAGAGUUGGCACAAGGCGGAGAUUGAGCUAGACGCCGCGAAGGAUACGAUGGCGGCCGAUGAAGAUGGCGCCGCCAAAUUGCUGGAGGCGGCGAACGAAGAGUACGCACUCGCCAACGUUCUCUACCAGUCGACAAACAAGUACUACCUCAACGUGAAUUCUGCUGCUACCUCUGGGACUUCUGCUUACAAGAAUGAGGACGAGGAAAUGGAGGAUGCAGUCACCUCUAAUCCGACUCUUCCCAAUGUCAUUGACCUUCCGGAUGACGAUGAAGAUGUGCCGCUGAGGCCCAGGAAAAGAGGAAACAGGAAGACGUCAGCCGACAAGGCGCCUCUGUCGACGCCGGUGACGGAACCGGUGGUCCAGGAAGCCGGCGACACCAAUCGGACUGCUGUGAAUUUUGCCAUACCGCUGACGAGUGCCCAGCCUUCAGCGUCGACUGCCCAGACUCCAGUCGAUCCAUCUUCACUCUUCGCCGCACAUCACGUCCCAGAGGACCAAACGGGUGCUGUUAAGGAGGCUAUUCGCCAAGCGAGCAUCAUGAUGGAGCGGAUGAAGGUGAUCCGAGAGGCUAGCCAAGCUGCUUACGACGCCAGUUCAGCACUUCAGAGCAACGUCCAGAAACUGAACCAAGCUCUGGCGAAAAAGGACCAAGAUCUAGCGGCUGCACAGAAUACAACUGAUGAGAAAACUGCACUCGCAGAACAGAAGCUAGCUUCAGUCGGCAAACUGGAGGAAGAAAACGCCAAGCUAAAAACUGCCCUUGACGAAGCCAAUAAGGAACCGACUCGCCUGAAAAAGGACAAGAACAAUCUGAACGAGAAGAUGGAAGGCAUUGCUCGCAAGAGGGACGAUCUGGAGAACUAUCUGGGAGGCCUUGCUAAGAAGCUGUUCGUCAUGCUUGAAGAAUUUUGCCGGAACUUCGGGGAAGAAACUGGGCGAGUCGAGACAAGCUUGGACCCCAUCCGAUCUCCAGUGAAAGACGAAGCUGCCAUGAAUUGCCAGCCGCCGCCUCCCACUGCGCGGGCCCGCCAAGCCCAUCUCCAGCCCGCCCGAGCCCAUCCGGGCCCCAGCGUGCCGCCGCCCCGCUGCCGUCCGCCGGACCGCGCUUGCCGCCGACCCCCCGCGCACCCCGCGCCAGCACUCCGCCGCCGUCCUCCACCCCCGCGGCUGCUCCUCCCGUCGCCGCGCCCGGGAGCGCCAAGCCCCUCCGCCGCCGACCCCGCCUCCCGUGUGCCGUCGAUAUCCGCCUUCGCCGCCGGCCCCAGGUCCGUCUUCCCCUUGCCGCCCGCGGCCGGAUCCGGCGCCUCCAUGGCCGGAUCGGCCGUCCCCACCCGCCACCCGUCGUCGGCGUCCGUCGGCGCCGUCGCGCCUCACCUCGGCCUCGGCAGGAGGUCGGGGCCGAGCUCCUCUCCGUGUGGGCCCUGCAACCCCCACAGCCCAGCUCCCCGCGCCCUUUGGGCCUCUCCUCCGACCGGGCCGAGCCCUAGGGUGAGCGCCCUCUAA